UCCACACACUCAGUCCACUGAGUCUACUCAGUCCACUCAGUGAGCACUGAUACCAUCCAUGUACGGAAUUUAAGUCGAGAAAUUAAUCCUUAGUCACUCUCACUGAGGGCUUUAUUAUGCUGUGACAGUGUCUUGAGUAUUCUCCACAAACCCACCACUGCACUACAAGUAUACUGGAGAUGAUAUUUGCGUAAUAAUUUUUUGCAUCAGAGGGAAAUUAUUUUCACGGUGGCGGAAAAUUCGCAAGUACUACACUAAAAAAAAAAAAAUAAAAAGAUGAAUUUCAAGCAGAUUGCAUUCACUCUGGUGAUUUUUGGUUUUAAUCUCUUCUACAUAUCUGACGGAAAAAGGUCCCUUUACGACUUAAGAAUGGAUAGUGUAAAUUGUACCGAUAGUGGAUUAUAUGGGAAAAUGGAUUGUGGAGUUGAUGUGAUCAACUCUACAGUCUCACACAUCCAAUUGAACUUCACAGCUAUCAAGGAUUUUCAUCCCAUGGUAAGGAUUGCAUUUUUCUACCGCUACACCACAUACCGUAGUUUCCUUCUGGACGUUAACGAAGACUUCUGUGCCUUCAUCCGUGAAGACCAACCAGCCAGAGUGACUAAUUACUUCUGGCCAACUCUCAAGGAUGCCUCAAACUUUGCCGAAGGAUGCCCAUUCCAAAAGGAUCAUAUAUAUUACAUUAAGGAUUACGCCAUGGACAUGUCAUCAUUUCCACCAAUUUUACCAACCGGAGAUUAUCGUGUUGACAUUGAACUUAAAGAACGAUCCGAUGAUUCACCUAUAGCCCUUGUGCAAAUUUUCGCCUUCAUCAAAAGAAAGUCAAUUGCUGAACUUAUUUGGAGUAAGGAUUAAUAUUGCACAGAUUCAAAAGGACCUCUGAUGCCUCCCAAUUCACUGUCAACUAAAUUUCAUAUGGAUGAUUUUGUCAUACUGUUAGCAAUGAAAUAAAUUCUAUAUUUUGCAAAU